AGAGCACCUAUGUUCACAAGAGAUCAAACUCAGACUCAAUCCUGCUGGUGGAGUAGAUAUUCUUCGCAUCCCGCUUCAUACUUGAUUCUUUGAAUAACAUGCAUGCCGAAGAUUUCUUGGGUUCUUACAUGCUGAACUCAGCAAACGUUCAGCAGACCUAGUCAUUCAUAUUUUUUUUUUACCCAAACGGCCCGCCACACGUUGAACCUGAUAUACUACCAUGGCCCACGAGACCAAGGAAUCAAGUUUAAAAGGAUCUUCUGUCUUUUUAAUCGUCAUAUCGCAAUGCUGCCAUUAUUCAAGGUCCUGUCGGUUGUACCUCUGCUUUUACUCAUAUGCGAUCCAACGUGGGCGCAAGUUUCCCCGUCGUUAGCUCCUUCGGGACCUUGGGAUUCAUUUAAUUACGCUCCUACAACGAGAACGGUCUACGCUACUUCAAUUCGACAUGUCGAACCCACCGUAUCUGGAUCAGAGAAUUUGCUCAGUGGCGAUCAUGGAAGCACGAUAUUGAAUGGUCACGGUGCAUGGGUUACGCUUGACUUUGGGAAGGAGGUCGGUGGACUGAUAUCGAUGAACUUUGACUCAAUCAACUCGUCAUUCUCCUCUAUCUCCCUCGCAUUCACCGAAUCUCCCAUGUUCAUAAGCCCUACGCUCUCGGAUGACUCCUCAUUUCCCAUCGCUACAAUGAACUAUGACGGUGUUCUCUCCAUCCCGGCACCGCUUUCCUCCGGCUUCUGGACCCAACCAGCAUUCGCCCUCCGAGGUGGCUUCCGAUUUCUUACCAUCGCAUCAACCGGUGACGAUGCCCCUGUGGCAAUAUCCAACGUGUCUUGCGCGAUUUCAUUCAUGCCCCAUGUGGAUGAUAUGACAGCCUAUACGGGGUAUUUUUACGCGAAAGAUUUAGAGUUUGAGGAUGAAGACUUCUUGACGAAAUUGUGGUACGCUGGCGCCUACACCGUGCAAACGAAUACGGUCCCAGUCAAUACUGGUCGUCAAGUACCCUUUGAGUCACAGGGCCAUUGGGCAAACAAUGCAACACUCGGUGUCGCCGGUCCCAUCAUCGUCGAUGGUGCAAAACGCGACCGUGCAGUAUGGCCAGGUGACAUGGGCAUCGCCGUCCCCACUCAAUUCGUUUCGACCUUUGACCUCAUCCCGACACGGAACGCCCUUUCUACCAUGUUCGCGAAUAUCAACCCGCAAACGGGUGCACUACCCGAGUCCGGUCCGCCAUUAAGCCAAUUGGGCUCGGAUACAUAUCAUUGCUGGACGCUUAUUGGUUCAUAUAAUUAUUACCUCUAUUCUGGUGACGACGAAUGGCUCAACACUAUAUGGCCGAAUUAUACCUUGGCCGUGGCUUUCAUCGAGGGUAAGGUUGACAGCUCCGGCCUCCUGAACGUGACUGGGCUGAGAGAUUGGGCGAGGCAAGGAGGAGGGGGUCAUAAUUCUGAAGGAAAUGCAAUCUUGUAUAAGGUCCUCACAACAGCCACCGCUCUUGCAUCCUAUGCGGGCCAUACCACUCUCUCCCUUGCCUAUUCUGCGAACGCCUCUGCCCUCAAAACCACGUUCAACUCCGCCUUUUGGAUGCCUGAGGUUGGAAUGUACAGGGACAACACUUCGACAACACUAACCCCGCAGGAUGCGAACUCAUUAGCGGUGUUGUUCAACGUGACGUUGAAUGAUACUCAGAAGGAUUUGAUUAGUGAGGGCCUAGAGAGAAACUGGGUCGAACUUGGACCUGUACCUCCCGAAUUGCCGGAUACGAUCUCGCCAUUCAUUAGUGGGUUUGAGCUACAAGCACACUUUGUCGCAGGGAAUGACAGUCGAGCGUUUGAUUUACUCCAUCGAGAGUGGGGAUAUAUCUUGUAUACCAAUCUUUCUGUGCAGAGUACAUUAGUUGAGGGGUUGACGGCGAAUGGGUCGUUGUACUACCGCUACUAUCAAGGUUACAAUGACGAUGCCGCCUACACCUCCCAUUCGCACGGAUGGUCCUCUGGGCCCACGUCCGCACUGACAUUCUACGUCGCUGGGUUGAGCAUAACUGCCCCGCAAGGGGCAGAGUGGAGCUUAGCUCCACAUGUGAAUGGACCGACAAACAGUGUUGAGGCUGGAUUUGGGACGGCACUAGGUUGGUUUGGCGUUGCCUGGGAACGCGGCGAAACCGAGGAAACUGUACUAAGUUUCAAUGUAACUACCCCAGAAGGAACAGCUGGAGCGUUCACCCUUCCGAAAGGCGUCAGUGGAACUGUGAAAGUGAACGGGACAGUUGUUGCUCAGGAUGCUCAAGAAGGACAGGUUGUUGAGCUUCAGGGGGGUAUUCUGCAGAUUGUGAUUUCUUAACAACUUGAAUGUACUUUACCGCGGAUCAUAACGCUGAUACUUUUCGAACGCAAAA